UUGAAAUCAAGCAUUAAGAGCGCCUUUUUCGGUCGUAGGGCAUAUUAUCUCGAACUUACUUGAAUGUCAUUGCUAAUUUUUGUCAGUCUCUCUUAUUAUUAGCUGUAAGUGCAUUUUACCUGCUUACUAAGAGUUAGCUCACAUCUGUUGUUACCCGAAAUUGCUCACGUUCUCCCAGCUCACACUUAAAUAACUACAGAUUAGCAUAUCACAAAGAAAUUUAUCCUCGCGGUAUAUAUACUCAUCUCGCUGGGUUUCGCAUCACAAGCCGUGAAAUGGAGGAGACCGAACAUGUUGCUCGGCGACUUGAUCGCAUGCUAAAGAACAAAAAAAUAGACGAUGAAUCCGCACUGAAAUACCUCAGGCGAUUACGAAGCAUCGAAAUGACGCUAGAAAUUUUAACCAAAACUGGUGUAGGUAUUAUCAUCAAUAAGAUACGAAAGGAGUCAGAAGAUCCGGAGGUUGCUACAUUGGGAAAAAACAUGAUAAAACAGUGGAAAAAGCUGGUACCAGACAAAAGUGAAGCUCCUGCAUCUUGCACCAAUGCUGUUGGCAACAACAGUAGUAAUAACGACGGCAAUAAUAAUAACAAUAAACACUCACUUGAGUCAAAUAACUGCAAUGCCUAUGAUGAAGCAGGGCCACAAGAAGCCAAACGCUCUCGACCAAGUGAAAAAAAGGAACCUGCAGAACUACCGGGAAGUGCAAGUCGUGGUUAUUUCCCUGUCCACACUUUAACUACAACAGAUCAAGUGCGUUUAAAAGCUCGGGCGAUGCUUCAAUCUGCACUAGAAAGUGGUAGUAUUCCUAGCGGUUCUUACGAAAGCGAGUUCCUAGCAAUACGAAUAGAAAGCUCCAUAUAUGACCUUUUCAAUAACACUGAUCCUAAAUACAAACAGCGGGUACGUACUCGGGUUAUGAAUCUGCGUGAUUCUAAUAAUCCCAAUUUACGAAUCAAUGUCUUAAUGGGACACGUGAAUCCAGAUAAACUAGCAUCUAUGACAUCAGAAGAAAUGGCUAGUAAGGAAAUGAAAGAACUUCGUGAAAAAUAUACUAAAGAAACCAUAGAAGAUCAUCAAAUGGCUGUAACUGGUGGGACAGAAACUGAUUUGCUACGAUGCGGAAAGUGCAAACAGACCAAGUGUACAUAUAAUCAGGUUCAAACUCGUAGUGCCGAUGAACCAAUGACGACUUUUGUCUACUGUAACAAUUGCGGUCACCGAUGGAAAUUUUGCUGAUACCUCAGAAAAAUCAUUUAUGCACUAGUUUUCUGCUACAAACAUUAGAUUGUUUUAAUAUGAACGACACUACUGAAGAAGAUACUAAGAAAGAGAUUUCUUCCAUCUUCGUUUUCGACUUUGUCCAUUCCCGAAAACCUAUUUUUCAAAAGAAAUAAACUGCCAGCAUUCAACAGAAUGAUAAAUUAUGUCCUAUUAGCUUUUUGGUUCCGUUUAUUGUCUUACAUUUUGUGUCUAAAUAUUUAUGAAAUUGAUGUGUACAUAUAUGCGUGUGUAUGUUAGUGCUUGUGAAUUGCUCUAAAUGAAAAUAUCGGUUUUGCUACACAAAAUUGUUAGAACUUCCUUAAAUAAAAAUUAUGUAGGGUAACAGUUUUCCACUAAGAUUGUCAAUUAAUGCAGUUACUACUAUGCUCCUAAUGUAUGUUUUACCUUUACGUGGUACAUAAUAAUUGUAAUUCUAUUUUUUUGAAUUCUCAUUGUAUUAAAAAACCCAUAUCUAUAUUGUCUCUGUAAUGCUUUUGUUUUACGAUUGUUUAUCAUUGAAGUUAUCUUCAUUUAUUCGUCUGCAAUAUUGCCCUUCCUAUAGCAGCUUUAAAUUGUACACAUAUGUGUUGGUAUUAUGUUAUCCCAUCGAUUAAUUAUUAUUGUCGUUAUUAAUUAUUUCAUUUCUCAUUUUAGAUUAAUGUAAUAAGUUAUGGUUAAUCAGAGCUCUACCAAUAUUGUAUCCGUUUUAUUUAUUAGAAUAUGGUCCCGA